AAGGUUUUGUCCCUGGUGGAACUGCUAAACAGAGUGCAGAGCACCUACUUCCCAGCAUUCAAAUCCAUGUUCAGAGAUGUAGAAGCAGCUUUGGUUGAGGCUCAGGAUAUAAACAUGCACCUAAAGCCCCUCCAGCACCCUCUGGAAGAAAUGGAGAAUAUUGAAUUUUUCGAGGUGAAGCCCUUGCUAAAUCGCAUGCUUCAUGUGGUGUGCUUCAUCUGGGCGACAUCCAAAUAUUACAGCACACCUGCAAGGGUAAUUGUGCUUCUUCAGGAAAUAUGUAAUCUCCUCAUCCAGCAGGCCAGAAAUUACCUCAACCCAGAAGAUUUGCUUAAAGGGGAAACAGAAGAAAGUCUGGGCAAAGUACAGAAAGUGUUUGAUAUCUUGCACUACUUCAAGCAGACCUUUGAAGAAAGAAGAGAAAAUCUCAGUGCUUAUUUUCAGCCUGGUCAGGAGGCAAAGCAGUGGGAUUUUCUUUCAGUAAUGGUUUUUGCACAACUGGAUAAUUUUCUGGAGAGGCUCCAUGUGGUAGAUGAUCUUCUGAUGACUGUUUUGGAUAUAGAGAAGCUGGAGAAGCUGGAAUUCAGUGGCAUAAAAGGGAAAUUUCUGAGCCAACAGGUCUUGAGCAUGCAUGAAGAGUUCCAAGAGGUUUAUAAAGUAUUUUCAGAUCGUACAUAUGACUGCCUGGAUGUGGCCAAUAUGGAGUUUGAAGAGGAUGUAUAUGACUUUAAGGGUAAAGUGGAAGAUAUGGAUCGAAGGCUUGGGGCUAUUUUUAGCCAGGCAUUUGAUGAUGCAGCUAGUGUGGAGCAUGCAUUCAAGCAUAGCCAGGAAACUUUUUCCAGUAAAAGGGCCUGGACAGUUAUUUGCCAGAUCAUAUGGUGGUUUUGGUAUUCUGGCAGGUACCAAGAGAAGCUUUAUAAGGAGUGGAUCCAAACAGUGUCAGAAAAAUCACAGUAUAACCUAACUCGGCCACUUAUCCGGCGAGACUUGGAGAGUAAACUGAUCGCAGUCAAUUUUGACCUUCAGCUGGUGUCCGUCCUAAGAGAAGUGAGUUACCUUGGGGCAGUUCAGGUUGGGAGCAUUCCAGAGACAGCAGCAGAAAUCUAUUCUUCCAGGGAGUCCUUCCGGCAGCUGGUAGCCAACCUGGAGUUGAUGGUUACUUGGUACAACAAGAUCCUGUGCACAGUCUUGGAGGUAGAAUACCCGCUUGUGCAAAGGCAGUUGCAGGACAUUGAUACUCAGCUGAGAGAGGCAGAGGAGACAUUAAACUGGAAAACAGAAGGUCUUUGGGAAUGUGUGUCACAAGUGGUUGACAGUGUUCAAGAUCUUGAACAAAGAAUCCAGAAGACCAAAGACAACAUUGAAGAAAUUCGGAAUAUCAUGAAAACUUGGGUCUUCCCAGUUUAUGAAAACCUGAGACUUUUUGCAGCAGAUCCAGCUUCUGAAGUUUGGAAAGCUUAUUUGGAGCACGUGGAUGAGAUAGUCUUGGAUGGAUUCUUUAAUGUCAUUGAAUGUUCACUUAUGUACCUUUUGGAACACACAGAUUCCAAGGCUGGUCUUGCUCCCCUCUUCAAAGUGCAACUGGAUCUGUCUGCCCCUGAGAUGAUAUUCCGUCCUUCUAUGGACCGUGGGGCCAGCGAUGGUUUCUAUGAUAUAGUUGAGGCUCUCAUCCACAACAUUUACCGGGUCUCUUCCCUGGUGCCCAGGCUUGCGGACCACAGCACCUUCCCUCAUUACCAGGCUGACAUGGAGGAGAUGGGAGAUCUUGCUGACAUGCGCCAUACCCUAAUGGAGCGUAUCAAGAAGAUGAUGUCACUCUGUUGUGGCUAUCGCAGCUCCUUUGACCACUACUCCUAUCUCUAUGUGGAUGACAGGAAGGAAUUCAUGCAGCAGUUCCUGUUGUAUGGUCAUGUUCUGACAGCAGAGGAAAUAGAGGCCCAUGCUGAGGAUGGUGUCCCAGAGACUCCCCCAACAUUGCAGCAAUUCAAAGAGCAAAUAGACUCCUAUGAGAAAAUCUAUGAUGAAGUGAGCCGCUUGGAACCCAUCAGUGUAUUUGAUAGCUGGAUGAAAGUUGAUGCCCACCUCUUCAAAGCAUCUCUUCUGGGCAUAAUUAAAAGCUGGAGCUUCAUGUUCAAGCAGCACCUCAUUGAUCAUGUUACACACAGUUUGGCUGACCUUGAAGAAUUUGUAAAAAUUUCAGAGAGAGGUUUGAGCACCAAAACGGAGAAAGGCGAUUAUGAGGGCUUGGUGGACGUUAUGGGUCACCUGAUGGCUGUUAAAGAUAGACAGACUAGCACUGAUGCGAUGUUUGAGCCCUUAAAACAAACAAUUGAAUUGCUGAAGACCUAUGAACAGGAAUUGCCAGCAGAAGUCUACAGGCAGCUGGAGGAGCUGCCAGAAAAAUGGAACAACCUGAAGAAGCUGGCAAUGACUGUGAAGCAGCAUGUGGCACCAUUACAGGCCAACGAAGUAGCAGUUCUUCGCAAAAAGUGUGCUGCAUUUGAUGUGGAACAGCACAAAUUCAGAGAGCGAUUUCUCCAGGAGGCACCGUUCAGGAUUGAUGCAACAAAUCCUUAUCAAAUGCUGGAUACAUCCCACAGAGAGCUUAAGCAAAUGGAAGUUACCAUGGCUUCAAUUUAUGAAUCAGCUGACUUGUUUGAAGUCAAUGUUCCAGAUUACAAGCAGCUCAAAAAGUGUCGAAAGGAAGUAUGCAUUCUUAAAGAACUCUGGGAUAUGAUCUCCAUAGUAACUUCUAGCAUAAAUGAUUGGGAGACUACUAAAUGGAAGGAGAUUAAUGUUGAAAACAUGGAAAUGGAGUGCAAAAAGUUUGCCAAAGACACUAGGAACCUGGAUAAAGAAAUGAGGGCCUGGGAUGCUUUCUCUGGGUUGGACAACAGAGUAAAAAAUAUCCUGACGUCACUGCGAGCAGUGUCAGAACUACAAAACCCUGCCAUUCGGGAGAGGCAUUGGAAGCAAUUGAUGCAAGCAACAGGUGUGCAAUUCACAAUGGAUGCAGACACCACCCUGGCAGACUUGCUCAGACUCAACUUGCAUAACUUUGAGGAUGAGGUUCGGAGCAUUGUGGACAAAGCCAUUAAAGAAAUGGGCAUGGAGAAGGUUGUGAAGGAACUGAAGACAACCUGGGCCAGCAUGGAAUUUCAGUACGAAGCUCACCCCCGUACAAAUGUCCCACUGCUGAAAUCAGAUGAAGAAUUGAUUGAGACCCUUGAAGACAACCAAGUCCAGCUGCAGAACCUGAUGACAUCUAAGUACAUAGCUUUCUUCUUAGAGGAAGUGUCUUCCUGGCAGAGGAAGCUGUCUACCGCAGAUUCUGUAAUUUCUAUCUGGUUUGAAGUUCAGCGGACCUGGUCUCACUUGGAAAGCAUAUUCAUUGGAUCAGAAGAUAUCCGGGCACAACUUCCUGAGGAUUCCAAGCGCUUUGAGGGGAUUGAUGUUAAUUUUAAAGAGCUGGCAUAUGAAGCUGAAAAAACCCCGAAUGUAGUAGAGGCAACCAACAAGGCUGGCCUUUAUGAACAAUUGGAAGAUAUCCAAAACAGACUGUCUUUGUGUGAAAAGGCUUUGGCUGAGUAUUUGGAUACUAAGCGGUUGGCCUUUCCCAGGUUUUAUUUUAUUUCCUCUGCUGAUUUACUGGAUAUUCUUUCAAAUGGCACCAACCCACAGCUGGUUCAGCGCCAUCUUUCCAAACUCUUUGACAAUAUGGCGAAGAUGAAAUUCCAAGUGGAUUCUGACCAAAACCCAACCAAGCUGGGCUUAGGAAUGUACAGUAAAGAAGAAGAGUAUGUUACUUUUAGUGAACCAUGUGACUGCAGUGGACAGGUGGAGAGCUGGCUGAACCGAGUGCUGGACAGCAUGCGGGCCACUGUGAGGCAUGAGAUGACGGAGGCUGUGAUGGCUUAUGAGGAAAAGGCUAGAGAACAAUGGCUUUUUGACUAUCCUGCACAGGUGGCACUUACUUGUACCCAAAUCUGGUGGACCACAGAGGUUGGGAUUGCCUUUGCCAGGUUGGAAGAAGGCUAUGAGAAUGCCAUGAAGGAGUACUACAAGAAGCAGGUGGCUCAGCUGAACACCCUGAUCACCAUGCUCAUUGGACAGCUCUCCAAGGGUGACAGGCAGAAGAUCAUGACCAUCUGCACCAUAGAUGUGCAUGCUCGAGAUGUGGUGGCCAAGAUGAUAGCUCAAAAGGUGGACAAUGCACAAGUGUUCCUGUGGCUGUCACAACUCCGGCACCGGUGGGCAGAUGAGGAGAAGCACUGCUAUGCAAACAUUUGUGAUGCACAAUUCCUGUACUCCUAUGAAUACCUUGGAAACACACCACGCCUUGUGAUCACUCCUUUGACAGACAGGUGCUACAUCACUCUCACCCAGUCCUUGCACUUAACUAUGAGUGGAGCUCCUGCAGGGCCAGCUGGUACUGGGAAGACUGAGACAACCAAGGAUCUGGGCCGAGCUCUUGGCAUCAUGGUAUAUGUUUUCAACUGCUCAGAGCAAAUGGACUAUAAGUCUUGUGGAAACAUUUACAAAGGUCUUUCUCAGACUGGUGCUUGGGGCUGCUUUGAUGAGUUUAACAGAAUCUCUGUUGAGGUUCUAUCAGUGGUGGCUGUUCAGGUAAAAAGCAUACAGGAUGCUAUAAGAGACAAAAAGCUGAGUUUUAAUUUCCUCGGGGAAGAUAUUAAAUUGGUUCCUUCUGUUGGUAUUUUCAUCACCAUGAAUCCUGGCUAUGCAGGUCGUACUGAGCUGCCUGAGAAUUUGAAAGCUCUCUUCAGGCCUUGUGCAAUGGUUGUGCCAGACUUCGAGCUGAUCUGUGAAAUUAUGCUAGUGGCAGAAGGAUUCAUAGAAGCCCGGCUAUUAGCUAGGAAGUUCAUCACCCUGUACCAGCUAUGCAAAGAACUGCUUUCCAAGCAGGAUCACUAUGACUGGGGAUUGCGUGCAAUUAAGUCAGUGCUGGUAGUUGCUGGAUCCCUCAAGAGAGGAGACCCAGACCGUCCUGAAGACCAGGUGCUGAUGCGUUCGCUUCGGGACUUCAACAUCCCAAAGAUUGUGACAGAUGACAUGCCAGUGUUCAUGGGCCUGAUCGGGGAUCUCUUCCCUGCUUUGGAUGUCCCCAGAAAGCGGGACCUUGGUUUUGAAUCCUUUGUCAAACAAGCUGUGCUGGAACUCAGACUUCAGCCAGAGGACAACUUUGUGCUCAAAGUGGUACAGCUUGAAGAACUCUUGGCAGUCCGGCAUUCGGUCUUUGUGGUGGGCAGUGCAGGUACGGGCAAGUCGCAGGUGCUGAAAUCCUUGAACAAGACUUACCAUAUUAUGAAGCGGCGGCCUGUUUGGACAGACCUCAACCCAAAAGCAGUUACCAAUGAUGAACUCUUUGGUAUCAUUAAUCCUGCAACAAGAGAGUGGAAAGAUGGUAAGAUACCUAUGAUCACUUUAGGACUGUUCUCUUCGAUUAUGCGAGACUUAGCUAAUAUUACCCAUGAUGGCCCCAAGUGGAUUGUGCUGGAUGGUGACAUUGAUCCUAUGUGGAUUGAAUCUCUCAAUACUGUCAUGGAUGAUAAUAAGGUGCUCACUCUAGCAAGCAACGAAAGGAUUCCCCUUAAUCCCACCAUGAGGCUUCUCUUUGAGAUCAGUCACCUGAGGACUGCCACCCCAGCCACAGUUUCCAGAGCAGGGAUCCUUUACAUCAAUCCAGCUGAUCUGGGAUGGAAUCCUCCUGUGAGUAGCUGGAUAGACAGACGAGAAAUCCAGUCAGAAAGAGCCAACUUGACCAUUUUGUUUGACAAGUAUUUGCCAGUUUGUCUGGACACCCUUAGAACCAGAUUUAAGAAGAUUAUUCCGGUUCCUGAGCAGAGCAUGGUUCAGAUGUUGUGCUACCUCCUUGAAUGCCUCCUCACUAAGCAGAAUACUCCUCCAGACUGCCCGAAAGAGCUCUAUGAACUUUAUUUUGUCUUUGCUGCUAUCUGGGCCUUUGGCGGAACUAUGUUCCAGGACCAGCUUGUAGACUACAGAGUAGAAUUCAGUAAGUGGUGGGUGACAGAAUUCAAGACCAUCAAGUUUCCAUCUCAAGCAACAGUCUUUGACUUUUACAUUGACCCAGAAACAAAGAAAUUUGAGCCUUGGUCCAGGCUCAUCCCCAAAUUUGAAUUUGAUCCAGAAAUGCCAUUACAGGCCUGCUUCGUGCACACCAGUGAAACCAUCCGAGUCCGUUACUUCAUGGAUCAGCUCUUGGAGAGACGCAGACCAGUCAUGCUGGUGGGAAAUGCCGGGACCGGAAAGUCUGUGAUUGUAGGGGACAAGCUGUCUUUGCUGGAUUCUGAAGAGUAUCUGGUGAAGAACGUUCCCUUUAAUUACUAUACCACAUCUGCCAUGCUGCAAGCUGUUCUCGAGAAGCCAUUGGAUAAAAAGGCUGGGAGGAAUUAUGGUCCUCCUGGCACCAAGAAACUUAUCUGCUUCAUUGAUGACAUGAAUAUGCCUGAAGUGGACACCUAUGGAACUGUUCAGCCUCAUACAUUGAUCCGACAACAUCUGGACUAUGGGCACUGGUAUGACAGAAACAAGCUGUCCCUGAAGGAAAUCAUGAAUGUGCAGUACGUGUCAUGCAUGAAUCCCACAGCAGGCAGCUUCACUAUCAACCCACGCUUACAGCGCCACUUCAGUGUGUUUGCCCUCUCAUUUCCUGGGUCAGAUGCUCUGUCCACCAUUUACAGCACCAUUCUGUCGCAGCACCUGAAGCAGGGGAACUUCUCUGGGGCUUUACAGAAAUCAUCUCAGCAGUUAAUAAAUCUAGCUCUUUCCUUGCACAUGAAAGUGGCAGCAACAUUCCUUCCAACUGCUAUCAAGUUUCAUUAUAACUUCAACCUAAGAGACUUCUCCAAUGUCUUCCAGGGUAUUUUGUUUUCAACUCCUGAAUGUUUGAAGAUGCCCCAGGACUUGGUGAAGUUGUACUUGCAUGAAUCCAGUCGUGUUUACCAUGAUAAGAUGGUUGAUGAAAAGGACUUUGCCGUCUUUGAUAAAAUACAGACAGAGGCUGUGAAGAAGUUUUACGUUGGGGUGCCUGCAGCUAUUCAGUUACAAUGGAUGAACAUGUUUUGCCAUUUUGCGAAAGGAACAGGCGAGCCCAAGUACAUGCCUGUCCAGAGCUGGGAAUCGUUGAACCAGAUCCUAGUGGAAGCUUUGGAGAACCACAAUGAAGUCAAUGCUGCCAUGGAUUUGGUGCUAUUUGAGGAUGCUAUGUGCCACGUCUGCCGGAUCAAUCGCAUCCUGGAAUCUCCCAGAGGGAAUGCGCUGCUGAUUGGUGUGGGAGGAAGUGGAAAGCAGAGCCUGACUAGAUUGGCAGCUUUCAUUAGCUCACUGGAGGUUUUCCAGAUCACCUUGAGGAAAGGCUAUGGGAUUCCUGACCUGAAGGCUGACUUGGCAGCACAAUAUGUUGCAGCAGGAGUAAAGAACGUGGGCACCGUCUUUCUUAUGACAGAUGCCCAAGUGGUUGAUGAGAGGUUCUUGGUCCUCGUCAAUGACUUGCUCGCUUCAGGAGAAAUUCCUGAUCUUUUCCCUGAUGAGGAAGUUGAAAAUAUCAUCAGUAAUAUGAGGAAUGAAGUUAAAGCCCAAGGACUGAUGGACACCCGGGAGGCCUGCUGGAAGUACUUCAUUGAUCGGGUUAGACGACAGCUCAAGGUUGCUCUUUGCUUUUCCCCAGUGGGGAACAAGUUGAGGGUUCGCAGUCGGAAGUUCCCCGCCAUUGUGAACUGUACAGCAAUAGAUUGGUUCCAUGAGUGGCCCCGAGAGGCUCUAGAGUCAGUCAGUCUGCGCUUCUUGCAAGGGACAGAAACCAUUGAGGCUUCUGUGAAAGAAUCUAUAAGCAAGUUCAUGGCUUAUGUGCAUACCAGUGUUAAUGAAAUGUCCCAUUCAUACUUGAGUAAUGAACGUCGCUAUAACUACACCACACCCAAGUCAUUCUUGGAGCAAAUUAAACUGUAUCAGAAUUUGCUGCUUAAAAAGGGGAAGGAACUGACAGCAAAGAUGGGAAGACUAGAAAAUGGCCUACAGAAGCUCAGCAGCACAGCGGCACAGGUAGAUGAUCUAAAGGCGAAGCUGGCAGCUCAGGAGGUGGAGCUGAAGCAGAAGAAUGAAGCUGCAGACAAGCUGAUCCAGGUCGUGGGCAUAGAGACAGAAAAAGUCUGUAAUGAGAAGGCCAUUGCAGAUGAUGAGGAGCAGAAGGUGGCCCUGAUCACACAGCAGGUCCAGCAGAAGCAGAGAGACUGUGAGGAGGACCUGGCAAAAGCUGAACCAGCCCUUGCUGCUGCUCGGGAAGCUCUUGGCACACUCAACAGGAACAAUCUGACAGAACUGAAGACAUUUGGAUCACCCCCGCCUGCUGUCAGCAAUGUCACUGCUGCUGUGAUGGUGCUCUUGGCUCCAGGUGGAAAGGUGCCCAAGGAUAGGAGCUGGAAAGCAGCCAAGAUAGCUAUGGCCAAGGUGGACAACUUUCUGGACUCCUUGGUCAACUUCAACAAGGAGAAUAUACAUGAAAACUGCCUUCGAGCCUUGCAGCCCUAUCUUCAGGAUCCAGAAUUCAACCCUGAGUUUGUGAGAUUCAAGUCCUUUGCAGCUGCUGGUCUCUGUUCCUGGGUUAUCAACAUUGUGCGUUUUUACGAAGUCUACUGUGAUGUGGAGCCCAAGCGGCAGGCUCUCAACAAAGCAAAUGCUGAACUUGCUGCCGCCCAGGAAAAGCUGGCUAACAUCAAGGCCAAAAUUGCACACCUUAAUGAGAACCUGGAGAAGCUGACAGCCAAAUUUGAGAAGGCCACAGCAGAGAAGCUGAAAUGCCAGCAAGAAGCUGAAGCCACUGCAAACACCAUUUCCCUCGCAAAUCGCCUGGUGGGAGGCCUAGCCUCUGAAAAUGUGAGAUGGGCUGAGUCAGUCGAAAACUUCCAGCUGCAAGAGAGCGCAUUGUGUGGAGAUGUCUUGCUGAUAACUGCCUUUGUUUCCUACUUGGGUUAUUUCAGCAAGAAAUACAGGCAGGACCUGAUGGACACUGUGUGGAAACCAUAUUUGCACCAGCUAAAAGUUCCAAUCCCUGUCACUUCCUCAUUGGACCCCCUGAUGAUGCUAACAGAUGAUGCUGAUAUAGCGGCCUGGCAGAAUGAAGGGCUACCAGCUGACCGCAUGUCCACGGAAAACGCCACCAUCCUCACAAACUGUGAACGCUGGCCGCUCAUGGUUGACCCCCAACUGCAGGGCAUCAAGUGGAUCAAAACCAAGUAUGGUGAAGAUCUCCGAGUGACCCGGAUUGGCCAGAAAGGGUCUCUGGAUAUGAUAGAGCAGGCCCUGGCUGCUGGUGAAGUGGUUCUGAUUGAGAAUUUGGAAGAAUCCAUUGACCCAGUCCUGGGUUCACUGCUUGGUCGAGAAACUAUCAAAAAAGGAAGGUACAUUAAAAUCGGAGAUAAAGAAUGUGAGUAUAACCCCAGUUUCCGCCUAAUUCUUCACACAAAGCUAGCAAACCCCCAUUACCAACCCGAGAUGCAGGCACAGUGCACCCUCAUCAACUUCACUGUGACUCGGGAUGGCCUGGAAGACCAGUUGCUGGCAGCAGUAGUUAGCAUGGAGAGACCAGACUUGGAAGAACUAAAGUCUGAUCUCACAAAGCAGCAGAAUGGAUUUAAAAUAACUUUGAAAAAUCUGGAGGACAACCUGCUGUCCCGUCUCUCCUCUGCUUCUGGGAACUUUCUGGGAGAUACAGCCCUCGUGGAAAAUCUGGAAGUCACCAAACACACAGCUGCAGAAAUUGAAGAAAAGGUCCAAGAGUCCAAGGUGACAGAAGCCAAGAUUAAUGAGGCAAGGGAGCACUACCGGCCUGCAGCAGCCCGCGCUUCCUUGCUUUACUUCAUCAUGAAUGACCUCAAUACCGUCCAUCCUAUGUACCAGUUUUCCCUAAAGGCGUUCAGCGCUGUCUUCCAGAAGGCUGUGGCAAGAGCUGCUCCAGAGGAAAACCUAAACCAGCGGGUAGCCAAUCUUAUCGAGAGCAUCACCUACUCUGUGUUCCAGUACACAACCCGGGGGCUGUUUGAAUGUGACAAACUGACUUACACGGCCCAAGUCACAGUCCAGAUACUCCUGAUGAAUAAAGAAAUCAAUACCACAGAACUAGACUUCCUGCUACGAUAUCCUGCCCAACCAGGAGUUACCAGCCCAGUAGAUUUUCUGUCAAAUCAGUCAUGGGGUGGCAUCAAGGCUCUGUCAUCCAUGGAACAGUUUCGCAACCUAGAUCGAGAUAUUGAGGGUUCUGCCAAGCGCUGGAAGAAAUUUGUAGAAUCUGAAUGCCCUGAGAAGGAAAAGUUUCCGCAAGAGUGGAAGAAUAAGUCGGCUUUGCAGCAACUGUGUAUGAUGAGAGCCUUACGACCUGACCGCAUGACAUACGCCGUAAGAGAUUUUGUGGAAGAAAAGCUUGGGAGUGCAUAUGUGGUUGGAAGAUCUCUGGAUUUUGCAACAUCAUUUGAGGAGUCAGGUCCUGCAAUCCCCAUGUUCUUUAUCCUCUCACCUGGAGUUGACCCCCUGAAGGAUGUGGAGAAGCAUGGGAAGAAACUUGGCUACACAUUUAACAACAAGAACUUCCACAACGUGUCUCUUGGCCAAGGCCAGGAGACAGUGGCUGAGCAAGCCUUAGACCUUGCAGCAGCAGAGGGACAUUGGGUUAUCCUACAGAACAUCCACCUGGUGGCCAAAUGGCUGAGUUCCCUGGAGAAGAAGCUAGAGCAGCACAGUGAAGGCAGUCACCCCGAAUUUCGCAUCUUCAUCAGCGCAGAGCCUGCAGCUUCUCCUGAGGGCCACAUCAUACCACAGGGCAUCCUGGAGAACUCCAUCAAAAUCACAAAUGAGCCCCCAACUGGAAUGCACGCUAACCUCCACAAAGCUCUGGACAACUUCAACCAGGACACUCUAGAAAUGUGUAGCCGUGAGAAUGAGUUUAAGAGCAUCCUCUUUGCCCUCUGCUAUUUUCAUGCUGUAGCAGCAGAAAGACGUAAAUUUGGGCCGCAGGGCUGGAAUCGUUCCUACCCCUUUAACACCGGGGACCUCACCAUUUCUGUCAAUGUUCUGUACAAUUACUUGGAGGCUAGCUUGAAGGUUCCCUAUGAUGAUCUGCGGUACCUCUUUGGAGAGAUCAUGUAUGGAGGACACAUCACAGACGACUGGGACAGGCGCCUCUGUAAGACCUACCUGGAGGAGUUCAUCAAACCUGAAAUGCUGGAGGGAGAAUUCCUGCUGGCUCCAGGAUUCCCACUCCCAGGGAACAUGGACUACAACAGCUACCACCAGUAUGUAGACGAUGCCUUGCCUGCUGAGUCUCCGUACCUUUAUGGCCUCCACCCCAAUGCAGAAAUUGGCUUCUUGACACAAACUUCAGAGAAGCUCUUCCGCACAGUGCUGGAGCUGCAGCCUCGUGACACCAGCAUUGGAGAAGGCGCAGGAGCCACCCGGGAAGAGAAGGUGAAGGCAGCUUUGGAUGACAUCCUGGAGAAACUAACCGAUGAGUUUAACAUUCCUGAGCUGAUGGCCAAAGUGGAGGAGAGGACGCCAUACAUUGUGGUCGCUUUCCAGGAAUGUGAGCGGAUGAACCUCCUUACCAGUGAGAUUAGACGGUCACUGAGGGAGCUGGACCUGGGACUGAAGGGUGAAUUAACCAUGACUAGUGAUAUGGAGACCUUACAGAACGCCAUCUUCUUGGACACAGUGCCUGACCCAUGGACCAGGAGGGCUUACCCUUCCAUGGCUGCUCUGGGCGGUUGGUUUGCCGAUCUGCUUAACCGUAUCAAGGAGCUGGAGACGUGGACCGGGGACUUCGCGCUGCCCGCAGUGGUGUGGUUGGCAGGAUUCUUUAACCCCCAGUCUUUCCUGACCGCCAUCAUGCAGUCCAUGGCCCGAAAGAAUGAGUGGCCUCUAGACAAAAUGGCCCUGCAGUGCGACGUGACCAAAAGGAACCGCAACGAUUUCACCAGCCCCCCACGAGAAGGGGCCUGUGUCCAUGGCUUGUUCAUGGAGGGCGCGCGAUGGGACAUGCAGGCGGGGUUAAUUGCUGAUGCCUGGCUGAAGGAACUGACUCCAGCAAUGCCAAUUAUCUUCAUCAAAGCGAUCCCCGUGGACAAGCAAGACACUCGCAACAUGUAUCCCUGCCCUGUUUACAAAACCCGCCAACGGGGCCCAACCUAUGUCUGGACUUUUAACCUGAAGACUAAAGAGAAACCUUCCAAAUGGGUUUUGGCAGGAGUAGCACUCCUCCUGCAAAUUUAAACUUUGUUUCAGACCCUCUUUUUCUUACAGACUCAGAUGAAAGCAA